AUGGCCGCUUCUGACGAGUUUCCGUGUAUUUUAACCAUCGAUGCACCCUUCCCUUCCCACCGCUUAGCCAGCGCCGCCAUUCGUUCUCUCUCGGUCGACCAGGAACUCUCGCCUCUGGUCCGUCGUGACUUCUCGCUCUACCGUCCAUCAGAUGCUCCUCCAAAUGCAGAAGAUGCCACCGUGCUCCGCACUGUCUAUCGUGCGACUACCAAUCGCAUGCUUCGUGUCUCUGUGAACGGUUUCUUUGAGAGUCUGAAUGUCGUGUUACAGGUCAUGCAAGAACUAGACGUCGACGUCCUGCAAGACAAGGGUCUCGAAGAUCUUGAAGGCGCUCAGGGUGUCGAGCAAGGAAUGAUUGGCACCACAAAGACUGGUGCUUGA